AGUAAUCAAAUGGCAUAAGGAUAAAAAAUGUACAUUAUACUUAAUUUUUUUUAAUGAACUACUAAGUUAAAUGAAUUUGACGUUACAGAGGGGAGGAUUUGACUUGACCGUACACAGAAAUUAAAAGCUAGCGUGACGCGUGUCGUAAUGAUAUUACCACCCCCCUUUAUAUAAGAAUCUCCUCCCUCACCCCUUUACUCUUCCCAUUCCCUCUCUCGUACCCUCGCUCUCUCUCUCUCUCUCUCUCUCUCUCUCUCUCUACUUCGACACUUCGAUCUUCGGAGGUGAUAACGUUUUCGAUAGUUUGGGAUAAUCGAUCCGAGAUCCGUGGAAUCCCGAUCGGAAUCGGAUCAUUCCGACCGGGAGAUUCGUCGCUGUGAAAUGGCGAUUUCGAAUCCGGAGAGCGGUGUAGAAGCUUCGAGAAAGCGGGGGAGGGAGGGAGAGGGGGAGGGGGAGGGGGAGAGCGCACCGUCGCCGUCGGCGUGGAGGUCGGAGCGGGCGCAGAAGCUCUACUCCUCGAAGCUUCUCGAAGCGCUCCGCCGCGUGCGCCGCAACACGGCGGCGGCGGCGGCGCCGCCGCCGCGGAGCCGGCUGGUGCGGGAGGCGGCGGAUCGGGCCCUGGCGGUGGCGGCGCGGGGGCGGACGCGGUGGAGCCGCGCGAUCCUCGCGAAGGCGCGUGCGGCGCCUCGGCGGCUCGCGGCCUCGGCUCGGCGGCCGGAGAUCGGCGGCGUCGCCGCCGCCUCCGGCGCGGCGGCGCUGCGGCGGAGGAGGAGGAUGAGGAGGGGGACUGGGGGGAAGGAGAGGGUUCUGGGGCGGCUCGUCCCCGGCGGGAGGAGGCUCUCGUUCCCGAAGCUCAUCGAGGAGGCCUCCGACUACAUCGCCGCGCUCGAGAUGCAGGUCCGCGCCAUGAGCGCGCUCGCCCGGGUCUUAUCCGCCCUCGGACCGGACCGGCCCGGCUCGUCCGAACCCGACCGGACCGGUUCGUCAGAACCGGCCUGAACCCCCUCGCCCCGCCCCGGCCCAAGUUGUUUCCGAUAAGAGAGGAGUAGGGGACGGAAGAUCGCGACACGGACUUCACUCUACCUGCAGCAGGUAGAGGCGACAUUCCCAGGCUGGCGCGUUUUUGUUGCUGCUCAUUUAUUUUGCGGCCAAGUCUGAUGUGUCCUUACAUUGGAUUAAUUAAUAAUAUUUUAUUAUUAAGAAUUUAAGUGUCUAUCAGUGUGAGUUGUAUCUACAGAAUAAUAUGACGUCAAUAAGAUAUCGGCACGAAAAUUAUAUGC